GCACACACACGCCCACCGCGGCUGGGCUGGCGGAGCGCGGGCGAGUGUGAGCGCGGGCGAGUGUGAGCGCGAGUGUGCGCACGCCGCGGGAGCCACUCUGCCCUCUCCUCGCACCCUGCACAGGGCAUCUCGAGAGCCUGGAAACGUGAACAGGCUUAAAGUAUGGCAUGUUGCGAAGAUGGUUUCUGUCCAGAAGGUACCCGCGAUCGCGCUGUGCUCCGGGGUCAGCCUUGCGCUUCUGCACUUCCUGUGCCUGGCGACUUGUUUAAACGAAUCCCCAGGACAGAACUCAAAGGACGAGAAAAUGUGCCCGGAAAAUUUUACCCGUAUCCUGGACAGUUUGCUGGAUGGUUAUGACAACAGGCUGCGUCCUGGAUUUGGGGGUCCUGUUACAGAGGUGAAAACUGACAUAUAUGUCACCAGCUUUGGACCCGUUUCUGAUGUUGAAAUGGAAUAUACAAUGGAUGUGUUCUUCAGACAGACGUGGAUUGACAAAAGACUAAAAUAUGAUGGUCCCAUUGAAAUUUUGAGGUUGAACAAUAUGAUGGUCACCAAAGUUUGGACCCCUGAUACUUUCUUCAGGAAUGGAAAAAAAUCUGUCUCACAUAACAUGACAGCUCCAAAUAAGCUUUUUAGAAUUAUGAGAAAUGGCACUAUUUUAUACACAAUGAGACUCACCAUAAGUGCGGAGUGCCCCAUGAGACUGGUGGAUUUCCCUAUGGAUGGUCAUGCCUGCCCUUUGAAAUUUGGGAGUUAUGCGUAUCCCAAGAGUGAGAUGAUCUAUACCUGGACCAAAGGCCCUGAGAAAUCAGUGGAAGUGCCAAAGGAGUCUUCUAGCUUAGUUCAAUAUGACCUAAUUGGGCAGACUGUAUCAAGUGAAACUAUCAAAUCUAUUACAGGUGAAUACAUUGUUAUGACAGUUUACUUCCACCUCAGACGGAAGAUGGGCUAUUUUAUGAUUCAGACGUAUAUCCCAUGUAUUAUGACAGUGAUCCUUUCUCAAGUUUCUUUCUGGAUAAAUAAGGAGUCUGUUCCAGCUAGAACUGUGUUUGGAAUAACCACAGUUCUCACGAUGACCACCCUAAGCAUCAGUGCCCGACAUUCGUUGCCCAAAGUAUCCUAUGCCACCGCCAUGGAUUGGUUCAUAGCUGUCUGCUUUGCCUUUGUGUUUUCGGCUCUUAUUGAGUUUGCUGCUGUCAACUAUUUCACCAACAUUCAAAUGCAGAAAGCCAAAAAGAAAACAUCGAAGCCUCCUCCAGAAAUUCCACCUGCCCCAGUGUUGAGAGAAAAUCACCCAGAAGUGUCUCUCCAGAAUAUACAUGGCAAUUUGAACAUGAGGAAAAGAACAAAUGCCCUGGUCCACUCAGAAACUGAUAGCAAUAGCAGAACUGAGAUGGGGAACCAUUCCAGCAAGACGACCACAGUCCAAGAGUCUUCUGAAGCCACCCCUAAGGAGUACUUAGCUUCCAGUCCAAACCCAUUCAGCAGGGCAAAUGCGGCUGAGACAAUUUCUGCAGCUAAAGGUCUUUCCUCUGCGCCCUCUCCCAGCCCUUGUGGCACAUCAAGACCGGCUUCCUUGGGGUCAACUUCUACUCGCCCCGCAUUUGGGUCCAGACUUGGGCGAAUUAAGACCACAGUUAACACAACAGGGGCUGCUGGAACUGGGUCGGCCACACCUCCUCCCCCUGCUCCACCGCCUUCCGGAUCUGGCACAAGUAAAAUAGACAAAUACGCUCGUAUUCUCUUCCCAGUCACAUUUGGGGCAUUUAACAUGGUCUACUGGGUUGUUUAUUUAUCCAAGGACACCAUGGAGAAAUCAGAAAGUCUAAUGUAAUUUUGUUGCUAUAGUAAUUUCAUAAAAGAUGAUGGAAAUCCAGACUGUCUUUUUAAAUGUUUUUCAAGAUAAGUAUUCUUUACUAAAAUAAAAAUUUUAUGUAAUUUUUUGAGUUUAAAAGUAUAAAUCAGGUAGAUAUCAAGAGAGUUAAUCAAUCCCUCAGUGGCCAGAAAGUGAACCAUGUUUCCUUACAGAAAGAUGAUUUUAAAAGAAUCUAUUCAGUGUUCAAAUUGGAUGGAAUACAGACUAUUAUGGAAAGUUGGAAAAAGGGAAAUAGGGCCAGAAGAGAUAUGUGAUGCAUAUUUUUGCAUUGAAAUUUGAAAGAAAAAAAAAGACUGUGAUAUUUUUAAAUACACCCCAUGAAAUCAACCAGUCACAGAAAAUUUCCCAUUGGCACUGCCCUUCACCAGAAUUGUGUCCUGCAAGUCCUUUGCCAGAAAAGCAUUUUCCUCCUAAACAGAACACUGGGAAGAGGAAAAUAGAACCAAACAAACACUGAUCAAUACAGUGAAGCCUUGGUGUCAUCAAUAAUAGACACCGACCAGGGCAAAUGUGUUUUCUGGCACAUAUUGGUCCAAAAAAAUUAAUACUUAACAGUUGACUUGAAAUGUUGUGCUCUGAGCCAAAGUUAAAUUCAUUGUAUAAAUUCUUUUUCAUAGUAUCUCAUUCAGUUAUGUACUGUAUACAUUUACUACAUAGUUCCUCAGAGCCUGGAGCCUGUGUGUUCUAGGCAGUUUAGAGACAAUUUUCUAGGGAGGUUCUUUCACCUUUACAGAGUUACUUCAGUAGUAGGACAGUCAGUGCAUGUUAAAGAACCGUAAUUUAACCUAGCACAUUGUGUUCUUUAAUGAAGGCAAUUUAGUUAGACUCUGACAACAUAGCCAAUAUAUUUGUUUCUCCUGCACUGACAGAGGAAAUCAAAUACACUUGUUCCUAUAGUCACUUUGAGAUAAGUACAUGUUCGUACAAUCUGGAUGAUUGGGUAUCAAACUAUAAUGAAAUAAUGAUAGAGAUUGUUCUAUAGGUGAAGAAGCAUCAUAUAUAUAAAACAUAAAAAUCAUCUAGGCACUGGAAAACCUAACCUAUUACCUGUGUCAAAUUUGAUUCAGGUUACAUAUUACAGUUUUCCCACCAGACCAGAUCUAAAAUCAAAAGUCUGCAUAGGCCAUUUUUAUGCUUACUCAAAUAGAGAGCAAUAUUUGCUGCCCAAAUGCUAACGUUCUUGGAAGCCUUUGUGCUCAUAAUGUCUGUAUGUCUGGCAUGUUUUGUAUUUGUUUUCUGGGAGUUUGAUAAGAUUUUAUAACCAAGGAACUUUAAAAAUUAAAGGAGCAGUUAGAGGGGGAAAAAAAA